UUAAAAAGUGUUUUUAAUUGUUUACGAAAGUCAGUAUGUCUCAGCCACCUUUCAAAAUUAGGCGAAUGGACUUCGGUGAGAAUGAAGAGCCAUUACGUGAUGAAAGAAUAAUUUCCGUGCUGAAAGAAGAGAUGCAGCUCCUCCGGGACCAGAACCGUCUAUUGAUGGAGAAAGUUGAUGUUAUGGCGGACAAACUCGCCGAAGUAGCCGCUCUCGUUAAAGUGCAGGUGAAGGGAGAGCAGGUAGUCCCAGGGGCAAUAACGUUCCCAAUAAAAACAGAGGAGGAGCUCGAUAUGUUUGUGGAGCUCAUGACCCCUCAGCUAAAAGAUGUUUACAUCAAACAAGUUUGGAAGCUUCUGGAGAAGGAGCCAUUGUCGAGGUGCCUGAAAAGUGUGUUGGACGAGCAGGUUGUGAGAGGAUACAACCUCGACGGGACUUGCGGAAAAAAAGUCUGCGAUCCCGGGCUGGGCUCUAUUCGGUUUUAACAAUUUCAGGAGCCUUGCGGAUGCAUAAUCCGAUCGAGUCGGCAGAUAGCACCAUAAGUAUAUUUCCACAGAUAAACAACUGGCGGAUAUUUUGACGAAGCCAUUGCCUGGACCUCGAUUCGUCUACCUGCGAGAACAACUGGGACUUAUAAACUGAUGAAGCUUGUUUAAACUACCUUUUGAUCUCAACAUACUAAUGAAUAGUACAAUUUUUUUAUUAUUUUUGAUUUUGUAAAGAUGAAUUAAUGUAUAAUUUGUAAAUUUAUAAUAUUUAAGUAAUAUGGUCUGGUUGGGUUUUUCUGGGGUUUCCCCAACCCUUUGCAACAAAUGUUGGACUGUAGUUUGUAACUCCCAGAAUGCUCGGCUUGCUGCUAUAUAAGUUAUAUUCUUCAUUGUUAUAAAUAUUAGAUCUAUGUAUCUUUUGAGGAGGUGUGUUGAAGUAACCAGUGUGUUACAUACAAAAGAGACAAAGAUCUCAUCGAUAUGUAUCGAUAGGUGGAAUUGGCGAUAGGCCAUCUCUUUAGUUUGAUUGUUCUCUUCUAUCUCUGACUCUGAACUGUGCGCAUGCAAGCCGCGGCUAUAUAUACGAAAAGAACAUUAAAGAAACAUUUAAAAGUAUUACACAAACCGUCUUAAUUAUUACUCAGAAUAUUAGAUAAACCAACAGGUUAUGGGCCCAGUCACCAAGUAUUUUUAAUCGCGUUUAAACUAAAUUCCUAAUAUCAAAACUACUAAAGAGCUGUGUAUGUGUGUAUGCUGAUAAUUUUGAGACGCCUGAAGUCACGUCCCUGCAGUUCUGGCUGUCACGGCAUGAAAGUGUCAUAGGAAAAAUUGUUCGGGCUCGACGUCGACAAAGGCAGCGACGUCGACGUCAGCAUGAAAUUCUGACCAGCUUCAACUGCUAGAGAUCGAAGCUGACUCGUAAGAAAGAGAAGCAGAUA